AUUUUUGCGCUGGUAUCACAGACAAAGAACGACGACGUCUUCUUGUCUGGACCAGCGACAUUUUUGUCGGCUGGCGUUACUGUAUUUGGCCAAAAAGAAUUAAAAAGACCGUAAAAAUGUUGGGCCGUUUAGCGCCUGGUGUCUGCACCCAGGUGACCAUGGUGGUCAACAAUCAGCAGACACGUAACAUGGCCACUUUGAAAGCCAUUUCCAUUCGUUUGAAGUCAGUAAAGAACAUCCAAAAGAUUACCCAAUCUAUGAAGAUGGUGUCAGCUGCUAAAUAUACUCGUGCUGAACGUGAUUUAAAAGCAGCCCGUCCAUAUGGUGAGGGCGCUGUACUCUUCUACGAAAGGGCUGAGGUAGCACAACCAGAAGAUGAGCCCAAGCAACUUUACAUCGCCAUGACUUCUGACAGGGGUCUGUGCGGUGCGGUGCACACUGGUGUGUCAAAAGUGAUCCGAAACCGUUUGAACGAGCCGGGUGCGGAGAACAUCAAGGUGAUCUGCGUGGGGGACAAGUCCCGUGGUAUCCUGCAGCGGUUGUAUGGGAAGCACAUCAUUAGUGUUGCUAAUGAGAUCGGUCGCCUUCCCCCCACGUUCCUGGAUGCUGCUCGCUUAGCUGAUGCAGUGCUGUCCUCCGGAUAUGAUUUUGGUUCCGGCAAGAUCAUAUUCAAUAAGUUCAAGUCUGUAGUGUCAUAUGCGCAGGCUGAUCUGCCACUCUUCAGCAGGAAGGCCGUUGAAGCGGCACCUAAACUUGCCGUGUACGACUCUUUGGACAGUGAUGUCCUGCAGUCGUACAUGGAAUUCUCUCUCGCCUCCAUGUUGUUCUACGCUCUGAAGGAAGGCGCGUGCUCCGAGCAAUCCUCCCGUAUGACGGCCAUGGACAACGCCUCCAAGAAUGCAGGAGAAAUGAUUGAAAAACUCACUCUGACCUUCAACAGAACUCGCCAAGCUGUUAUCACCAGAGAACUCAUUGAAAUUAUCUCUGGUGCUGCCGCUUUGGAAUAAAAAUCUUUACAAAAUCAUUGUUAAUCUUAACGUUUUUCUUGAAGUAGACGUGACAGCGAUUUGCGCGGGAAUCUGCCAUCUUGUUGCAAUAGACAAAAGUAUAACGUUCAGCCACUAGUGUCAAAAUCAUGUUUAAUCUUUAUAUUUAUUUUUGAAAUCUGUUUUUUUUUCUUUAAAAAUACAGAUGCCGACAUUCCCAUUGUUUGAAUGUGUUGACGGAAACACGCAAUACACGAACUGGCUUCAACAUCUUUCGUCAAUGCAUUUAGAUAGUGUUGAAGGUUUGUUAUGUCAGUGAUACAGUGGUGGUUAGCAAUAAAGUAUUGUAUAGA